AUGGAAAUUGAAUACAGAAUAAUAAAUCUUUACAAAAAUAAACAACACGAUGAGUGCAUCCAAUUAUGUCAAAAUGUGUCACAAACUAAUAAUAAAGUAAUCGAAUUUAUUCAUUUACGUGCACUAACCAUUCAAGCUAAAAUAGCUGGUAACGCUUAUGAAGAAGUGGAUUAUUAUCCACUACAAGAAGAUUUAAUAAAUACAGCAGUAGCAAAAACUCCGAGACCAGGAACUACAUUUCGAAGGGAAAUAAAAACCGCACAAAAUCAACAAUUUCCUGCGACUGCCACUAUUAAGUCUAGAGCCGGUACAGGAACUGCACGUGCUCGUACGGCACAAACUGCUUUGUUAACAGCAUCCCGACUGUCUCGUGCAGCGACAGCAUCAGCUGGUGGCACGGCCAUUAGAGACGCUCCUGUUAUUUUACGUUUUCUUUCCAAAGAUGAUAAAAACUUUUUGCCUACAGCAAAGACUCUAUUCGAAUAUGUUUACUAUUGCGAAGGUGACGUUCGAAAGGCCAUGGAGAUUAUAUUUCAAGUAAAAAAAUUGGAUGAAAAAUACGACUGGUGGUGGAAUUACUCAUUAGCACGAUGUUAUUAUGCACUGGGAAUGUAUAGAAAUACUGAAGAGUGCUUACGACAAGCAUUGAAACAAAAUAGACACGUGGCGAUAUAUUUACGUUUGGUAGCCAUGUAUGUCAGCAUGAAUCAACCUCUUUCAGCUUUAGACGUGUGCAAGCAAGGCUUAUCAGUGUCUCAAGAGUAUAUUCCGUUGCUGCUUGAACAAGCCCGGAUUCAUGAGAUGAUGGGCAACAAUGCCGUAGCGGUUAAGUAUUACCGCAUGGUAGCACUUGAAGACCCAUCAAACAUGGAGGCUGUAGCAAACAUAGCAAUGUAUAAUUUUUAUAAUGACCAACCUGAAAUAGCACUUCGAUAUUACAGAAGACUGUUGGCCACAAAUCUACCAGGCUCUGAAAUAUACAACAAUUUAGGACUGUGCUGCCUCUAUUGCAGUCAAUGGGACCUUAUUUUACCUUGUUUCAGACAGGCGCUUUAUUAUUCUACAAACGUCGAGUCUCGUUCAAAUAUUUGGUUUAAUCUUGCUCAUGUGGCUCUAUCAACGGGGGAUUUAAUUUUGACAAGAAGAUGUUUACAAAAUAGCCUAGCUGUAUCUGACCACGGCCCAUCGCGACAAGCUCUACUUGCGCUGGAUGCACGAUUGAAAGUUCGCAAGAAUAUGUAG